AUGAACAUUGUGUUUACUCUUAUCUUUUCUUUCACAGAUGGAUGCCCAGACACUUUGGUGCCGGAAAGUGAUAAACUUAUUUCACGGGACCAUAACAAAGAAGAUUUGGCUUUACAUACAUCUGAAACUUUGAAUAAUGUAACUUCGUGUUAUUCUGGAGAAAUAGGCGUCCCUUCUUGCGAUUUAACUACGCAUAUCAUUGAAGGUGGUAGUGGAGACGGCUCUGGCUACGAAUUCCACUCUCAACAUGAGGUAUCUAGAGGGGUUUUUGCGACCUAUCCCAGACAUCACGAUGACCACUCUUAUCCUAGCACUCAUGCUUAUCAACGACCGCAUAAAAUAUACGCGUCUCAAUUAACCGAUAGGUCUAGCUUUACUUUGCCAGGUCGUGCGCUCCAUCCAGAGAAUACCAAGUUGUCGGCAUUAGAGACUACAACGGUGCUUCCAGAUUUGACAAGUACUCAACAGGCAGAAGCAGGGGCCAGAAAGUCGUCAACCGGAAAGAUCCGUGCUCUGCAAAUUCGGCAACGCAAUGUUUGGCCCGAGCAGCCUGCUAUAGAUCAGCAUGCUUAUUCCAAUCGUAUUGAUCCUUCAGAGCUUCCCCACAACCCGUCAAAUUCUGAUCUACGAGUGAAGCACAAUCACUCGGGUCAUUCUGGCUCACAUGAAUCAAACAAUGUGGCAACCAAGAACCGCAAACAUAGUAUUGGCAGCCUUAGGGGUUUACUAAGGUAA